AUGGUGCGAUUGCUUUCCAGUUGGAACUUCCUUUAUGUUGGAUACCAGAAGUCGGCACAGACUGAUACUGUGAUGCAAGGAACCGAUAUUGUACAAUCCUGGAUACCUUGGGAUUUCGGCCAGCCCAACACAGACAAUGGGGAAUGUAUUACAAUCUUCACCUACAACUGGAAAUUCCAUGAUUGUAUUUGCUCAACGGAGGCUUAUGCACUAUGUUCAACGCCAUACCAAACCGGUGGUCUCUCUGCUGAUCCUACCGCCAACCUGGAAACUGAAGCUAUUCCUGACCAGACUACCGAUGUCAACACUCACCGGAACAUUGAAGUCACCAAUAAAAGAACUACUGACGUCACCACAAACCAGAAUACUGACGUCAACACUGACAGAACUUUUGGCGUCACCACUGACGUAACCACUGCCUCCAGCAUCUCACCAUGCUGUCAUUGCUGUGUUAACCCUGUCGUGAAUAUUACCCACGAGGAACUACAGAAAAAGAUUGAUAUUCUGAAGAAGGAAACCAAAGUUAACGAGGAGAACUUAUCGUCGACGAUACGUAAGAGAACCAGUGCUAGCGACCCUCGUCCAACCUCCGCCUACGUAGGAUACCUCGGCAUAGGAUUUCUGACAGUGGCAUUCGGCGGAGUUUUCCUGUUAGACCUACCGAGACUCUUUGUGGCGUUGAAAACAUUUUGUUGAUUUCAUGCAUGUCGUUCACCCGGUUAUAAAAGGCAAAGCAAAGUGUUUUAGAUACUUGAUAUCACACCACAAUAAUGUCGGUGUGUACACUAUAGUAAAACGCUGCAGACCCUGAAAAAGAUAAACAGAGCAUAGUGUUACAGCGUUAUGACCAAUCGCAUGGCAGCAAAUAGAAGAAUCGGUGACGAUAUUAAUUAUGUUUAUGAUGUUUUCCUAGAAAUCUUUCUAUUGUAAUGGCCUUUGCAUGAAAAGCAGUAAGGUACACACUAUCGUGUAGAUAAUUCUGUUUUAAUAUUGGUGACUUGUCUUUUGUUUUCACAUACCUAGUAGUAACCAAUGAAUAUUUAUGCUCAAUAAG